AUGCGAAGGCCGCCCUCGAGGCGGCCGAACUCAACCACUGUAGAGGUCUCUCCUGGCGCUGGUGAUGAAACAGCGCAGCAGAAGGCACCAACAUUGCAGCAAGGCACAGGUGACAGGAGCGCACCUCCAGCCAUACGAUCGCGUAUUGGGCGGCACCUGGCGCCACAGCGGCGAAAUCACUGUGCGGCUUCGGCGUUGGCUUCUCCGUCUCACGCCUCCUCCUCCUUCCCCAGCGCAUCUGACAUGCAGUCCACCAGCUCAAGAACCUGCAGCAGCGCAAGCGACAGGGACGUUCGCGCGGCACACAGGUUACUGCAGCGUGAUUCUCAGCGAAACUGGGGUCGCGGUGCGACGCCAGCAGUGGCAGCCCAUCCCUCUGCGUCGUCUGCCACUACGAAAAGCUCGAAAAUGUCCUGGCGUCCAUCACAACAACAACGAAAGCGACAUCGCGUGGCCGCGCGUGGGGCCUACUCCAACACAAGCAGUACCAGCUCCUCAUCGGCAGCAUCGCCAGAUGACACGGCGACCAAGUCAGCGAGAACCUCCAGCGAUAGCUGGCUCACCCGGCGGAAAUGCGGGAGCCAGAAUAAUGAAGGCAACGCCUUUCCUUCGCCCCCCUCCUCUACAUCGGUGGAACCGAUCUGUGUCUUCACGGAUGUGCUGCCGCGCGAUGUGUACCUGCACAUUUGCGGUUUCCUCACUGAGGCAGACUGCUGCACGCUCCUCGAAGUAAGCCUUUGCAUGCACGCCGCCAUCACCAGUGCCGACAGCAUCGUGUGGCGCCACAUGUGCGUGAGUACGUGGAUGUACAAGCAGGGAUUUCAGACAUUCAUUCAACACGUACGAGCGCUAGAGGUGUUGGCGCGCCAAGAGGAGCUCGAGGUUCAGGCGCUGCAGCAGCACAUGCUCCUGUUGCGCGAACAGGGCAUUGUCUUCGGCGAGUCUGAUGUGUCCGCCACAUGCGACUGCGCAACGGUGCUCAUUCGUCGCCGGCAGCACGAACGCGCUCGGUGGAUGGCGGCCGCAGCAGCUAGUGCCGCGACCCCAACUCUGUACCGUUCGAGAUUGACGAGCAAGGUGAGUACCGCGGCCGUCAGCGCGAGCAGCGCAACGCAAACCGAGAGUAGCUGCGUGAUAAGCAGCACCGGCGGCCGCCGCCGGCGCUGCAAGAGCCGACGCUGUCACAGGAAAACCAAGCGCAGCACCACCGCCACAGCAUCUACGUCACGACGCAGUGGAAACACCUGUGGUGCAGCCGCGAAACGGCCAACACACCCGGCACGGUGGGCAGAACCAUCAGCACAGCGGCUAGGCUCCCGCUCGACGGCAACCACGGCCACUUCAAGGGCAUCACGAAGCCGUCGCGAUUGCAGUGACGGCUCGCGUGACAGUGAUGGUACAUCUGAAUCACUGUCUCGCUCCUGCUCAUCGCGGACUUUGUCCUCGUCCGAGUCGUCGAAGGAAGAGACUUGCAACGGCAUGCACCACACACAGACGCACCCGCCGAGCCAUCACAGCGCUGAUGACUCUGCGGCUCCACUGCGCCCAGGCGGCUCUGACGCAGGCGAGAAAGCACGCAGCGCUACAGGUCGUCCACCUCUGCCGCCGCCCCCCUCAAGUACUCACACGCACGCCUCGGCGAAGCCAUGUGAGAAGGGGCGCGGUGGCUUUUCCGCGACGCUACGCUCAACGAGUGCAUCAGACGACAGGGGAGAGAAUGCCUACGAGUAUCUGGACACUGAGGAUGACAAGACGGGCGACACAAGAGAGCGUCGGGUGCGCAUUCGCCUGCCAGAGGCCGAGGCUGAGGACGAAGGCAACGCGAACCUGACAGACACGUCUGUCCCCGCUGUACGCUCUCGUAGCGGUUCUCGUCACCGCAGGCGCAGCCGCCGCUCUCUCUCCGGCAGUCUGCUACCCCCGGCUCACGGCUAUCGCCGCCACCGCCGCAGCCACCGCGAGAAACGGCGCAAGCCCGCUCGUCAGCGUCGACGAAAGCGUGGCCGCAGUCGAGGUCCGCGCUCGACGGGCGGCGGCGGCGGCCGGCACCGCUCUCAGCUGCACCGCGGUCAGGGACGUCAGCACCGCCCCUCACACCAGCAUCAUCACAGUUCCAAAGCAACGAAGAGCUCGCGGCGGCGACGACGUCGUCAGCGUAACGCCGCCGCCGCUGCGGCUGCUGCUGCACAGGCUGAUCGCGACGGCGGUAGCGCAAGCUUCUACGCAUCUUCUCAGGAUGCCGCAGUGGGCGGCGGAAUCAGCACCUACUUUUACCAGACAGCCACAUAUGAGGCCAUCAAGAGCACCACCCCGGUGCUAGCAGCGCAGCACGUCGCGCCUUCCAUGGUUCCCUUUAAGCUCGGCGGUCGGCAGGCACCUUCACUUGGCGGUGCAGAGGCUGUCGUGUUUCAAAGUCGAGGCGAGGCGCAACGAAAUCCGCACCAGUCUUGCGGUAGUGAAGUGCACGUGUGCGAGGCGUCUUCCACUGGUGCCCUCGCGCAACCAGCAGGUCCACUGAACAGCGGCAGCGAUGUGGCUCUGAGGACGGUAUCGGCACCUCGGAAAAUGGAUUCAGCCUCUCAACAGGCGGCGUCACCCCUAACGCCAACAACGGCAUCCAGUGCUGCUACGACAUUCGGCACAGGCACGAACGAGGAAAGGCUUUACUGGUGGCAAUUGACGCCUGAGGCUCGACAACUUCAGCUUCGCCGCAUGCAACAGCUUGAGUUACAGCAGCAGCUGGCCGCCUCCAGCGACGGUUUCACUACACGAACAGCGCCGUCUUUGCAGGACGGGGAUGAGUUGGCAGAUGAAGCGGCGCUGCGGGAGUGGGACGAGUUGGAAGCCUCCUCCUUAGGGUCCUCGAGCGGCACCAUCUACGAGGAGGACGCAGACGCGAGUCGGGAAGGAGACAGGGAGGAGGUGGACAGCAGUCGAAACGGCGCCUCCGUCACCUCUGACGAUACCGAGGGGAGAAGUGAGCUCAGCACCGACGAAGACGAGGACGAACGGGAAGGUAGCACCGACAGCAGCGAUUAUCGUCGUCGCCGUCGUCGCAGUCGCAAGUUGUGGCGGACUCAGAGCAGGUCGACAAGGCGGUCAGUCACCAGUGACGAAACCACGUCGACGAGGGUGCCUUGCCGCCUUUCGUACCACCAACGAUACGGUGGUGAGCCAGGCACUUCCUCGUCCGCCUCCUGCUUGAGCCGCCUUCACACUGCCCCUCCCUCACUCGCCAAUGGCGAAAGUACCGCCUCUGAGUGCGGGGUCGACAAUGAGACGGAGCGGUGGAUGCGCACAGGCGUACGCGGAGCCGCAUCUUUGCUACAUCAGCGGUGCAAGUCGAGCGAUGCCACCGACAAGCGUAGCAGGGGCAGUGGCGAUGGCACUGGUGGCGGUAGAUCCGACGGUACCGCCGACAGGUACGACUCCGACGAAGGGACGGCGACUACGUCUGUCGUCAGUCAGGCGGACAAGAAGCUCAUAGCAGGUAGCAGCAGCAAGAGCAGUAGCGGUAAGCAAGUGCUCCUUCGUGUGCGCCGCUCCGGUCACCCCUACACUUUACCUGGCAUCUCCGUGGCGGCGUCAGUGCCAUCCUCGUCCAGAUUAGCGAUUCGCGCGGAGCGGCGUGUUGCCAAGGCCUUGGAGAAGCGUUACGAAGGUAUUGAGGAGGCGAUGGUGAUUACGCGCUCCAAGAGCGUGCUCAUCCACACGCUGGAACGGCAGACUCACGCACAUCUGCCACGCCUUCUCGCAGCAGCGCAGCGACAGCAUCGAUUGAUGAUGAACAAGCGACCCGCUGCUGCAGCUGCCCACCACGCGGACCCCUCUCUCAUGUCUCCUACCGUAGCUUUGCAUCGUGGAACUCCGGACUUCUCCGAGGUGGCCUCGACACAGACAGCGCGUGCCAUCAUUCUGAUUGGGGCCGGCAGCAGUGGCUUCAACGCCUGUGGUACGUCGACGACGCUGCCGGCGGCCGCCACACUAACUGCCCCGCCAGCAUCGCACCUCCUCUCCUCUCUUGAUAAUUCUUUUGCCACUGUCGCAGCAGCGACCUUGGCCGUGCCCGCGUCGCCGCUAUACCAGCUCGCUCGCACCGGCAGCUCUAACGUCCUGACCAACUCGAGCAGUGAACGCGGCGGCGGUUUGAGCGGCACGUUGCCCUGCGAAGACAACCCUCACUCCUCUCCACCCUCCACGAGUACUGCUAGCCUAGCUGUGGGCACAGCGGGCAACGGCGCACCGAUGCAACCAGCGAACGACGACGAGGCUGUCGACGACGAUGACGACGAGGAGGAGCAGUUCGCCCCCGUUUCGUGGAAGUUCGCCUUCUUCAUGUCUCGCCGCGAGGCGAAACGGGUGAAGAUCACCCUGCAAGAUCUGAUAGAGGGGAUGUGGGUGGUGUGCUUCCGUAGCAGCGGCCGAACUCACCCAAUCCGCUUUGUCGGACAGCACCAAGUCUUCGUAUACCCACCGCUCCCCACAACAGAAGAAAAGGAAGAGCAGCGACUACAACAAAACAGUCUGGAAUCGAGCGAGGCCGAGAGCGAGGUUGGUCACGCCACCACGACGGCGACUGCAACCAGCGCGACCUCGGCAGCGCCUCCGUUGCCCUUUCACAUUCUGCAAGGCGGUGCGCAGCUGGUGGUGCACCAGUUUCCGCCCAUGAAAGUAAUGCGGCGGAAUGGUGCAGCGCCGGGGAAUGCUGCUGGUGGUGGCACGCCGGCGGCGGUGGCACCAGUUUCCUCGGCCAAUACUCCGGCGGCAGCUGCGGUGACGCCGGCAAUGAUGGCGGAGAGGCGGUUUGUUGCAGAGCCGCAAGCGACCUUGCGCAAGCUGCGACUGCGCAUGCUAUCAUCUGCCGCACAUGACGCAACCACAUUCGAGCCGAUGUCAUGCGGCGACGCCACGGGUGGCCUCGCCGCCGCCGGCUGUGCUGUCGCUGACGAGCACAAUGGGACUUCUGGCAGAGACUUUGGCUGCCGAGACUGCACCUCUUACGACUCAUAUGACGCCCCUGCUGUCUCUUCCACGGCCACGACGAACGAUGUCCGCCGCAACAUUGCGCAAGAGUUGGGGUUUUGUGCCGCUUACAUGAAAGAGGCGCUUGGCCAAGUUCCAGCUAGGCCAGGGGAAGAGCACAUCAGUGACGGUGCAACGACGCGCCACGGAUGCAGUGCCGCUCCCUCUCGAGCUAAAGGGCAACGAUUUUUCUACGGCCCACUGACGCAGCGCGAGUACGAGGCCCAGCAGCGGCGUGAUUUGUGCUUUGCGCCGGGCGGGCCCGGCGAUGUGUUGAAUGAUUGGGGCUGGACGAUCGCAAGUCAGUAUGUGAAGAUCUUUUCUUUGGACAUCACCGCACCCUUGUAUGUGAAGCGGCUGCAGCGGGUUGCUGACGUAGAGGUCAUCGGCCGCAAUCACGGCGGGGAGCGCGGCACAGGUAAUUCGUAG